CUUUGCUAUGACGUACAUGUACCAUACCAUGCACACAGAGAAAUCUUCAUGCACACAUGCCUAUGGAAGUGCAAUGAGAUGCACCAUCCUUGUGUGCCUAAAACGGAGCAGCCGUGAAUGAAAAAAGUUGGUUUCAUCAAUUAAAAUGGAAGUUUUAAACCACUUCGAUCGCAUGGAUGACAGUGUGGAUGACAAAAUAAUUAGCAAUGAUAAUGUUGGGGUCGUUCUAGAGGAAGCAGAAAUAAUAGAUUGCGACACAGAGAUAGAUGCUGCCACAGAGGAAGAUAACAUACGCUAUCACAUAUGUCAAGUAAACAGGAAUGAUAAUGGAGUUGCAUAUAGAGUAGUACAAGUUCAGGAUAGUCAACCGAAUAACACAGAACUGUCGGUAUCUGCACCAUUGAAUAAUGCUGUCCAAGUUUUAACAUCACCUAUAAGUGGUCAGUUAUAUGUACUCAGUAAUAGCAAUGAAGUAGUUACUACGGAAUCGACAAGAACAGUCACACCUCGGGUUAAGCUUCAAAUUGGAGAUAAUCCCCAAAAUAUUCUUACCACUAUCAAAAAGAGGGAUGAAAGAAGGAGGGUAACGCACAAUGAAGUUGAAAGACGGCGUAGAGAUAAAAUUAAUAAUUGGAUUGCAAAGUUGGGUAAACUUUUACCUGAUUAUGAACAGAGCACAAUAGGAGACGGAGAUGUAAAGACGAAUUUUGAGUUACAGAGUAAAGGAGGAAUAUUGGAAAGAGCUUGUGAAUAUAUAACAGAGUUAAGAGAUGUACAAGAAAACCUUCAACAAAGUCUAGACGAAAAUGCACAACUUUUGGAAGAAGCUAAGACUUUAAGGCAAGUUGUGACACAAUUAAGGAAAGAAAAUUCGGAAUUGAAAAUUCAACUCUCAACAAAUGCCACUUAUAUACUUGGCACUUAGUAGAUAUGAUAACUAUUCAAUUUCUUUUUUGUUAGUACAAAUUUGAAUAUAUAUAUACAUAUAUAUAUAUUACACAGUUUUAAUUGUACAUGUAUGAAGUUUAGUAUGUGGAAAAUGUGCGACCAAGUGCAAUAAAUUAGUUAUAUGUAAUAAUUAUAAAAUGUUUAUUUACAUAUAUUUAACUGAGUAUAUAUUUAUAUUAUGAAAACAAUUUUAAACAUAUCGUGUAAUUUCAACUGUACAUAUCAUAAACAAUAAGUAUUUAUAACGUGAA